AUGUCCAACGGUCAUCAUUCAGAACAGCCUGGUGUCAUCAUGGGUGGCGAGGAUACUGUCGCAACUUAUGAUGACGAACAUCUAGAUCAUUCCGCACCUGAAAAGGAGAGCCGAGAUAAAAUAAUCUCGGCAGAAAUGCUAGGCCUGAUUGACCAAUUCGUCAACCUCUGGGCAACCUCAGCGAAUCAUCAAGAACGCCUAUCCAAGCCUCCCAACGCUCAAGAUAGGAUAUUUAGAAAUCGUAUUUCUCACUACCCGCGUCAUAUUGCAGAAUCUUCUCUCCGGAGACAAGAGCCAUGCUCACCCAUGACAUGUUGUCCACGUCACGCUACAGGUGCCGCAGCUGUACGGCGUUAUCACCGCUCAGUUUCGGAGAAUAGACAUCACGUGUCCACUCCAGCAGGUGUGAUCUGUAGAAGUGUCACAUGGUCAGGGCGUUCAAAGAGGGGUGGUCAAGCCUAUGCAAGGCUACGGGACUGCUGCCAUGAUGUUCUACCAACAAUACCCGAGGAAACUAUCUCACCGCCAAGCUGAGGGAUCCUUGCGCUGUGUCCAUGCCCCGACUUCCGAGAAUAACCCACGAUAAUUCAGGGGUGAUUUCAGAUCCAAGCAAUGAUUGGCGUGACUAUGAGAUGCAUUGAGAUAUCUGCAUGCCCCGUGGAGUAGCCGUCUACUGUUUAUCUUCCUCUUCUCGAUGGGAUUUAUCCUGAAACUGAU